CGUAUUAGUCAUCCGAGUUGGUCUGAGGUUGGGCGUGCUAGUCAACGGGUGGGAAUACAAUGGCGUCCGCAGAGAACAUAUCCACAAGCGCUGGACCAUCUGCCCCCGAGGAGGGACGACCUGCACAACAACCUACUCCUCGAUAUAUGCACGCAAAGGGAGCACCAUGGUUUUUGGACUUCAUUGUUCAGGGGGACCUUUUUGGGCCAGCUGUUUUCAUGCGACCCACUUGCGUUACAAACGCUGGGGGAGCGGUCAACGUUGUUCCUGUCGGUACCGUCGUCUCGUACGCGAAGACUUCUGGAGGUUUCCUCAAGCUGCACACUAACGGCAUGUACGACGAGUGCAGACUGCCUAUCAGAGGUGUUAAAGGUGUGCUGGUGACCAUCAAAAGUUUCGCGGGGUACGGCUCGAACAUGCCGUUGUGCUCUCACUUCAAAGGCCUUUACGAUGGCGGCAACAAGCGUCUUCCAUCGCCAGAGCAAUAUCUCGAUCUCGCGCUGAUGGUGCCGAAAGAACGUCCGGUUCUUCCGCCAGAGCGCCAGAGCAUGUUUUCCGGCUUUUGCCACCCCGUGAGGGGUCGUCCGGCUUGGCUCAAGAAACUCCAGGGUACAGGGACUCAACGGGUCGGCAUUCCGAAACUUAUCAAGGUCCGCUGCGGCGCCGACACGUAUUCGCUUCGAGAUGAGACGAGAAGAGAUUCAAGCAGAUCGGGGCUAGAUGUUGGAGGGAAUGAGGCUGAAGGGAUGGGCGUUGUUCUCGGAAGCUCUGGCGGGGAGCAGACUCCUUCGGAGAAGAAGAGCGAGCGACAGAGGAUGGUGCGAGAGGAGGUGGCGGAAGGAACCCUCUGCAUGAAGAGGAUGAGAGGAAAACCGGACGCGGUGACGGGCGGGGAUGGAGGUGGCGACGGAGAAUGUGCCUCGGGAAAGAGGCCGACGAACGAAGAGGGUGGGACGACAAGUAAGAAAGCGAGGAGGCCCGACGGUUUGACCAUCCGCGAAGGACAAGCCGCGGGUGGAGGAGAUUCGGCUGAUCCAGGCGCUGCGGCCGCGAGAGAACCGGGGAAAUCGAAACGGAAAGUGGCAGCUGAAGAAGGCGAUGGCCAGAAGAAACCUCGAAGGCGGAAGACUGCUAAGGCGGCGAGCGGGGGCGAACGGCCUGUCGGUGAGGAGUGCGACGAAGCGGCAGCAUUCUGGCUCGAAUACGAGCGGAACGAUGGCGGUGAGAUCGUGGAGAAGGAGCUCCCCGUCCAACUGCUCAUCGACCCAGGAAGGUUUGCGACAUCCCGUCUUGGGAAAGAUAUUACAACCACCGCGGUCAGUCUCAACGAGAACACGAGACACAAGAGGUCUAAGCAGCGAUCGCAGAAGGCCGCGUUCUUGGACAUGAGGGAGGCAUGGGAGAAAGAAGGAAGGUCGAUGGCCAUUCAAGGGAACCCUUCCGGCAAGGAGGGCGAAAAACAAAAGUUUUUCGAUUUCCAAAAGCUGAUUUUGGGAAUAAGUCCGAACGGAGCUCACUGGUCGUUGGCAGAAAAAAAUAAAUCGCUCGCCGACAAGGAGUAUGUCGCUGCCGUUGACAAUGCAUUGAGGCAGUGGAUGCCGCUCGUGACGGUCGGUGAUGACGUUUUCCACAAAGCCAUGGAGUUCUACGUGAAAUGGGCGGAGGGGAAGUUGUUGGGCAGCGACGGCAAGACGCCAUUGUCGAGGCCGGGCAAAUACAUGCCAGACAAAUCUCCGGGUCUGCAAGCAAUUCCGGAAAUGGUCUCGAAAGGGGCGGCUGGUCAAACGAAGAUGGGGUGGCUUGUCCGGGUACCUCUGCCUCCUACCAAAAAGAAAACGCAAGCGGACGACAAGUUUUUCAUGGUCGUGAAGGAGCCAGACAUGUUCUGUUGGCAGUGUCUCGCCGACAUGACCGAUGUCGAAAAACUGUCGAUCCUUGACGACAUUCUCGCGCUAAGGGGAGUGACGGACGUUUGGGACUUCCUUUUCGGACCCGGACCGCCUGGCCCGACCGACCUCGAAUACAGUCGACGGAGAAACCUGGUGUUCGCUGUGCUCAAUGGGUACCACGGUGCACCCAGGGAGUCUGUCUCGCACUUCCUGAGAAGGCUGGAGCACGUUUACUUCACGCUGGCCGAACCGCUCACUCUCGAAAACUACAAGUCACAGUUUGACGAGGAGGACCCUUUCGACGUUGAAGACAUGGAGGAGCUGAGCGACUCUGAAACCUUCGAUUUCGAGUCCAUGCCACUUCCCCGGGUGGUUGGACAGGUUAGUGAUGAAGAGGAAGGUGACCCUCGGAGAUAUAGCACGUCCCCUGCCGGUUUGAAGCAUGUGCUUCGGGGCGAACCAGCCGACGACCAAUCGUCUGAUGACGAGGAGAAAGAGAGAGACUAUGAUCACGAACCUUGUGACAGGCUCCCUGUGGACCAUGACACCUGGCAGAAUGACAGACUCUACUUCUUCGGCAAGCAUCACCGGUUCAUGUCGGAGGAUGUCUGGGGACACAACAUCGUCUGGCACCCGAGGAUAUUCCAACCUGCUGUGAGGAAUGGAAUAUGGGUCAUGGCAAUAAAGGAGGCCGAUGGCAAGUGGACUGGACUGAAGAGACAGGGAGCGGGUGCAUUUAAGAGAAAGGCAAGAACUGCUUUGGUGGAGCAUUUGAGUCUCAUGAACCCCGAAAGGAACGAUCAGGACGUCGAUGCGUAUGCAGAACAAAAGUUACAUGAAUCGGGUGAUCGUGGCAGUGGGAUGGGUCCGAUGUUUACCUUGUUGACGGGAGCGCAGGGGGCGGGAGGGGAUCCUUCGCACUUGUCGCCGGCGUGCAUGAUGGAUGUACCAAGAACCGUUCUCGUGGAGCACAGCAGUCGGUCACAGGGCGGUGUGUCGGUGACAAUGCAGAAUGCCCGAGAAGACAGACUGGAGACACAGCGGCCGUCGAGGUCUUCGUCCGCAUGCACGAGCAGCCAUAGCCGACCGCCGAUGUUCUCAACUUCUGUCAGCAAUGAGGCUCCCCACACUGUCCUGAAUGGAAGAGUGACGACGACGACUGCGGCAGAGUCCCCACGAGUGAUAGAGAGGAUCAUAGCGAGGUACUCCAGGAUGCGUACGGACGUCCAACGCGACGAUGGAGGUGACGCCAACGCUGACGGUGAGGAUGUGGCGGAGGACGGCAUGGAUGGCGACGAUGAGAGCGAGGAGGAUGACGAGCCUGCUGUGAAGGAAGUCACAUCAAAGGGAGGGAAGAAGAAGACAAGCAAGAGUCGUGGGAGCUCGAAGGCGAGGGAGGAAGGGGGGGGGUGCGGAUGGCGACAGUGGGGGAGGGAGCACGCGGCAGAACUGGCAUUUGGACGAAUCGCUCGUCCUCGUGCGGUGCAAGAGGGACCUGGACGAUUAUAUGGCGAGCCAGGGCACCAACUUCGUACGGAUGAAGACGAAGACAUGCAAAUGGAACGAAAUAGCGAAGCGGAUGGCCCAGCAGGGGGUUGCGAAUAUAGAUCGGGAUUCGUGCAUGACGAGAUGGGAGAACAUUUUUGGGUGGUACAAAAAAAAUUGGGACAGGGAGAAAGAAUUUUUUAUCUGCUCACCUCGACGAAGCGCAAAGAAUUGGGGUUCAAGUUUGCGAUGGCUCGACAACUGUAUGAUGCCAUCCACGCAACAACCCCCAACAAUCAGGUCAUACACCCGCCUAAUCUGCUUGACACCGGCAGACUGCCUCCACAAUAACCGAAUGAGGGCGAGGCGGAUGGCCAAGCAAGAGGGCCAACUGAAAAU